AUGGCGCUGAGAGUGCUGAGCGGGCUGAGGAGUGUGAGCUGUGCCGCCAGGCUCGUCCCCUGGACGGGAUGUCCCGCUAGAGAGCUGAGCUACGCCGCACGACUGCUGGCCGCCCGGAAGUUCACAGACAAGCAUGAAUGGAUAGCUGUUGAAAAUGGGAUUGGAACUGUGGGAAUCAGCAAAUUUGCCCAGGAGGCAUUAGGUGAUGUGGUUUACUGUAGUCUUCCAGAGGUUGGGACCAAGUUGAAUAAACUAGAGGAGUUUGGAACCUUAGAAAGUGUUAAGGCGGCUAGUGAACUUUUUUCUCCACUGACGGGAGAAGUUACAGACAUAAAUGGAGCCUUAGCUGACAACCCUGGCCUGGUGAACAAAUCCUGCUACGGUGAAGGAUGGUUAAUAAAGAUGACUGUGGGCGUUCCCUCUGAACUGGACGAUCUGAUGAGUGAAGAUGCAUAUGAGAAAUAUGUGAAGUCCAUUGAGGAACACUGA